AAAAAACACAACGAAACCUCAGUGUUGUGCUCUGUGUGAUCCUCUGUGUGAUCCUCUGUGUGAUCCUCUGUGUGAUUCACUCUGUGUGAUCCUCUGUGUGAUCCUCUGUGUGUGUGUCUCUGUGUCUCCGUCACACUCACACACAAACAUGCUCUGUGACUGUGAGUGGAACAGGCCGCGCUGUUGAUCUGGACACGAGGGGCUGGACAUCCUCCUGCUGUGGACUUUUCCUCUCCAGACUUUAGAGCAGUUCUGCCGCUGGAGUCUCGCACAAACCCCGGACCAAGGUCAGCGCAGUGACCGCCCACGAGAGCUGUCACCGCGGGGCUGGAGCUCUGUGCGCGCCCGGAGCUCUGUAAUGCGCACGACCUGAGGGACCGGGCACCCAGAUGAAGAGGAAACCUUCACUUUCUGCGGAUUAAACUAACUUUAACGUGACAGAGGUUCAUCAGUGACGCCAUGUUGGGAAACCCGGGGACGUACGCGAACAAGAAGAGGAAGAAGCCGCUUUUAAAACAGAAGAAGGCGUCGAAUGGGAACGAUGUGGUCAAGUCCAACCCAUCCAAACGCCACAGGGACCGGCUCAACGGCGAGCUGGACCGCCUCACGGAGCUGCUGCCGUUCCCCGAGGACGUGCGGUCCCGCCUGGACAAACUGUCAGUGCUGCGCCUCAGUGUGGGCUACCUGAGGGUCAAGAGCUACUUUAAAGCAACUAUAAAAAAUGGGAACAACAGCCUGAUGCUUCCGGGAGUGAACGGACAGAACGGACAGAACGGACAGAAUGGACAGAACGGGAGCGGAGGUCUGAUGGUGCCUGGACUCGGUCAGAACAACAACAGCCUGGAGGUCACCGACUUCAACGAGGGCGACCUACUGCUACAGGCUCUAAAUGGAUUUGUGAUGGUGGUGACGGCAGAUGGUUUGGUUUUUUACGCCUCUCCAACGAUCAAAGACUAUCUGGGUUUCCAACAGUCUGACGUGGUUCACCAGAGUGUCUUUGAGCUCAUUCACACUGACGACAGGGAGAUGUUCCGACAGCAGCUGCACUUUGCUCUAAACCCUCCUGAAGCCCCAGAUGAAGCUGGUUUGCAGGGUUGUGCUGAGAGCAUGUCCUACAGUCCAGACCACCUUCCUCCUGAAAACUCAUCUUUUCUGGAGCGGAGUUUUGUUUGCCGGUUCCGCUGUCUUCUGGACAACUCUUCUGGGUUUCUGGCCCUGAAGUUCCAGGGGCGGCUGAAGUACCUCCACGGUCAGAGUGUUUUGAGGGACAAUGGGACUCGCAGUCAGCCGCAGCUCGCUCUGUUCUGCAUCGCGAUGCCGGUCCAGCCCUCGACCAUCGUGGAGAUCAGGGCCAAAAUGCUCCUGUUUCAAACCAAACACAAGCUUGACUUUACUCCCACUGGCAUCGACGGACGAGGGAAGAUCAUUCUGGGUUAUUCAGAGAUAGAGCUGUGCAUGAGAGGGUCAGGUUACCAGUUCAUACAUGCUGCUGAUAUGAUGUACUGCGCCGAUAACCACCUGAGAAUGAUGAAAACAGGAGAGAGUGGUCUCACAGUCUUCAGGCUCCUCUGUAAAUCCGGAGGUUGGAUUUGGGUCAAAGCCAAUGCCAAAAUCAUUUUUAAAGGAGGAAGACCUGAGUUCAUUAUUUCUUAUCAAAAGGCUUUGGUAAAUGCGGAGGGGGAGGAGUAUCUGCGACAGAGGAGGCUGCAGCUCCCCUUCAGUUUCACCAGUGGAGAGGCCUUACUCUACAACAACAGUCCCACGAUGGACCUCAGCCAGGUUCAGUUCAACAGCCAGUUCAACAGCAGCAGCGAGAGCGACAGCCAAAGCGACGUGUUCCCUAACUCUCUGGUGGACUGCUUUUUAAAACAAGACCCCUCGGUGUACACCCAGGACAUAGAGGCGCCUCUACCUGUGGACCAGGUGUUCAUGGACAGCCGAGCUCUGGUCACUGUGGCCAAUGACUCGUGGCAGGAGAACGGCGUCUCUCCCACAGCUGGACAGCCCGUGGUGGUCAAAGAGGAGGCCAAACAGUCAGUGAUGGCCAUUAUCGAUGGACUUGAGAAAAUGUCUCAAAACGGGAACUUUGCCGACGUCCUGCAGAACGUGGACGUGCCGCAGGAGGAGCUGGUCGAGUGGGAGAACACUCUGAAGAGAAUCAACCAGGAGGACGGAGAUCUGCAGGGAGACGUCAGGGCUGAGCUGGACACCGUGCUCACUAAUGAGAUCUUUGAUUUUAUAGACUCUGUCCUGUUCAAAGAGAAAGGUGAGACCGAUCUAAACAACAGCGCCCCCAGCUGUCUGGCAGGAGUCAGUAAUAUCCCAGACCCAGUCACGCCACCGCAGUUGUUCCAGAGUGCGAGUCCAGGAUAUGCCUAUUCUCCAAUGAAUGGGCUGUACGCUCCCCCGCAGAAGGCCGUGACUCCUCCAGCAUCAUCGCCCAUUUUUAAUGGCACCCAGAAACUAUGUCACCCGCCUCUUCUGCCUGACACCAACCUGCUCCCACUUCAACAGCUGCAGCUGCAGGACAUUUUCAGCCCGUCGAUAGAGCUCCCAGAGCUCAGUGUGACUGACUCUGUCAGUGAUGCCUCUCUUAAGUAUGCUCCCAGGCAGACGGCCAACAGCCACAUGGGCGGCGCUCCAGGCAUCCCUCCAGGCCAGCCAGGCCACUCACUGCUUAGUCCUCAAAAUAAUUUGCAAGAUCCCACCAUGGCAGGAACCAGACAGCUGCUGUGUGGCCAAGUGCAGCAGCAUAACAGCCUUCCCCCUCACGUGAUGGACAUUUUGCCUCCUCUUGUUCCUUGUAAUGACUUAAAUUCCACUGUAGUUCCAAACAUAACUGUUCCCUUUUCAGCGCAGGUGCAGGGCGCACACUUUGAACCUCAGGUUCAGCAGAGGCUGCCCCCCUGUGGCAUUGCACAGAAUGGACAUGACCCCAUACCCGCGUCCCACGGUCUGUCUACAGAAAGCCAAACAUUUCCACAUGCUGACCACUUGCCCAGGAGUGUUAAUGGACUGAACCUCCUUCAGCAGCAGGGAAGGUUGGCCUGUGGUCAGGCGGCUCCUCAAAGCAGCUGUAUGUUUGGCCAGGCCUUUUCCUCCAGCCCAGCAGAGGGCGCCGGCUUCACCUUCUCUGGCUCUUUAAGUCUGAGUGGCAGCGACCCUCCUCUGGACCAGACUGCUCCUCAGAACUCCUGCUACUUCCAGUGGAGACCCCAUGAGCCUGUGCUGGGAACGUUAGACAUCAACCAGGAGAACGAUGUCAACCCAAACCAAAUGACUUUCACAGCCAGCCUGCCGUCCUCAGAGCUCGGCCGGAGCGUCCAGCCGUACCUGGAGUGCCAAAGACAGACACAGCAGGACAAAGCCGUCGCUGGAGAGCAGAGUAGGAGUUUCUUCUGCUCGUGAUGCAGUCGUUGUGGGGAGUAAACCUGAGCCAUGUUGAUAGUGGAAGGACAGCAGUAGUUUGCCUGUAUCAGUGCUUCACAUUCUCUCGCUUACCCCAGUGUCCUGUGCCUUACAUGCGCCUCUAUGUUUAAAUGCUGUAGCUUUUCAUUUUGUCUGAAGACACACUAUGAUAAUCAUGAAGUAUAAAGCCACAAGUGCGUUUACAAAGAUGGAACUUCAGCUUUCAGCUUUGGUCAUGUUGAGUGUAAAGCGCCAAAGAAAAUGACACAAAUAUAUGUUAAAUACAAAUGUAUGUUAAAAACAUGCAGAAUUUAUGCACUUAGGAGUUUCCUACGUACUCUCCUAAAUAUAUACUUGUAUAUUAAUCACAAAAAAACAGAUGCCUAAACAGCAGAGCAGAGCUGGAAUCCAAAGACUAAAUGUUACAAAGGUUUUCACUAAAUCUAAGAACAAUGCAUAUUUUAUGUUUCCCUUCUAGAAAUAAGUGCAUUAAUAAGGAAACAUGAUGUUUUUGUCCACUAGAGGGCAGCAAAUACGUAUUACCUCAGCUUUGACGAGCCUUGAAAAAAUAAUUCAGUCAAAGUCGUUUUUACAUCAAAAUCGAUGAGAUUAUCUUUCUUUUUUACUUCUUAUAUAGAAAUGUUUUCUGCUGAUAUGUUUUGUUUUUGUGUCGAAGCAGAAGGUCGUCCUUGACUUUAAACUUGUACAGAAAACAGUAUAAGCCCAUGUCUCUGCGCGAGGUCCGACCUCUGAGGUCCAACGUCUGCGCGUCCGACCUCUGAGGUCCAACGUCUGCGCGUCCGACCUCUGAGGUCCGACGUCUGCGCGUCCGACCUCUGAGGUCCGACGUCACCUCAGAGGUCUGUCCUCACAGACGGUUGGUGAUUUUUUGUGGAGCCCCUUUUUUGUGGAACUUUAACAUUAAGACUAAAGAGACUAAAAACUAGAGACCACAAAGACCACAGAGACCACAGAGACCACAGACCACAGAGACCACAAAGACCACAGAGACCAGAGACCACAGAGACCACAGAGACCACAGAGACCACAGACCACAGAGACCACAAAGACCACAGAGACCAGAGACCACAGAGACCACAGAGACCACAGAGACCACAGACCACAGAGACCACAGAGACCACAGACCACAGACCACAGAGACCAGAGACCACAGAGACCACA